AUGGCUGCGAUCGACAUCCCCAACGAUGGCAUUUCCCUUCGCUUCAAGUACGGACCACAGACCAUCUUCCUUUUCGUCGACCGCUCCGCGACGUUUGACGCGAUCUCGACCCAACUGCUCGAAGUUUUACGCGAACGCUACCCACGCGGCCUAGCCCACGCGGCUAUGCUGCCCGAGACGACACCCAUCCCUGCUAUUGGCGAGGAGGCCCGCGUUGUUUUUGCCGCACCAAAGAACCUACGCGAUCUGGGCGCCGGAUGGAAGCCGCUCAACACAGACAACGGCGAGACCCCGGCGUCUAUGCGUCUAAGAGAGAACGCGGCCCUGGCGUUUGCCAUCCAAAGGGGCGACGAAAUAGGCGAGGCAGCCUCGUUCCACGUUGAGAUUCCGACUUUUGAAGACGAGGACGAGUGA